GUUUCCGGGGGUUGUAUUUACAAAGCGUGGCGUUACGCAGCACAGAGAGACCCACAUGAGCGCAGAGAUGGCGAGCGGUGAUGGCAGCAUGCUGGAGAGCUGCUUACAGUUACUAAACAGCGACACAGCACACCCCGAGCUAUUUCUCAGUGUCCAGGAUGCUCUGGCAAGAGACUUCAAAUCACUUACCAAGACUCUUUAUGAUCUGCAUAAAGCCCACGAGCCUGCAGACUGCAAAGGAAGCCCACUGGAGCAGCUGGUUAUCGAAAACUUUGACGAGGAGCAGAUCUGGCAGGAGCUGGAGCUUCAGAACGAUGCAUUACUGACACAUUUUGAGCAGGCAGUUGAACAAGCGGUCAUAGAUGACACUAUAACAUUUUUUAAAGAUACAGAGGAGGAGGAUGAGGAAGAAGAAGAAGAGGAGGAGGAGGAGGAGGAAGAUGUUGAUAAUAGAGAAAUUGCUAAUAGUUUAGGAGAAGAGAGUGCAGAGGAAGAUGAGGAUGAUAAGAACAAAGAGGAGGAAUUUAAACAGAGGUUGAAACCAUCUGCAAGCAACGAGGAUGAUGACUUCUCUGGUGAAGACUCAGAUUUGGACUUUGAUGUAGAUAAAUUUGAGGAAAAAAACAAACACAAACAAUCUGCUGCCAAAUUAUCAAAGUCAAGAUCUCAUAGAACUCCAUCCGAAGUAGAUGACAGGUUUUUUAAACUAUCAGAAAUGGAAGCUUUUUUGGAUGACAUGGAUCGAAGAGAAGGAAACGAGAGUGCAGAGGGGGACAUCGACUACUUUCAGAAUUUGCCAUCUGAUGAUGACGAGGAACUCAGCUUUGAUAAACCUGUAGCACUCACAAAACAGAAAAAGAAGAAAAGCUCCAGAGAUAUGAAAUACAAAGAUUUCUUUGCUUCAGUAGAUGCAGAGCCUGACAAGAUGGAUCCAGAAUCUAAUGAUGAUUAUGAGGGAGAAGAUGAUGAUGACAAUGAGCUGGAGGAAGAGGAAGAGGAGGAUGAAGAUGAUAUGAAUGAGGAGGAUUUUGAUAUGGAUGAAGAUGACACAGCAAGAAAUGCUUCACGCAAGGUGACCUUUGACCUCCCUGAUGAUGAUGAUGAUAAUGAUGAUGACAGUGAGGGAGAGGAUGUGGAAGAUAUUCUAGGUGGAAAAGCCAAAAACGUGCCUAAACCUGAGUCCAAGUCAUCCUUUGAAAAGAGACAGGAAAAGAUGGCACAAAAGAUUGAAGAACUGGAGACCGCUGCGUUGUCCGAGAAGCCGUGGCAGCUGACAGGAGAGGUGAGCGCUCAGACUCGACCAGAGAACAGCAUGCUGGAAGAGGAUAUAGCGUUUGACCAGGCCUCUAGGAUAGCUCCAGCCAUCACAGAAGAAACUACCUUACAGCUUGAGGAUAUCAUCAAACAGAGAAUCAAAGAUCAGGUGUGGGAUGAUGUGGUGAGGAAGGAGAAGCCUAAAGAGGAAGUGUUUGAAUAUAAGAAGAGACUCACUCUGGACCACGAGAAGAGCAAACUGAGUCUGGCUGAGGUUUAUGAGCAGGAGUAUAUCAAACAGACACAGGAAAAGAAGGAAGAGGAAGAGAACCCAGCGCAUGUAGAAAUCCAGAAACUCAUGGACACACUCUUCCUUAAACUGGAUGCGCUAUCAAACUUCCACUUCACGCCAAAACCACAUAUUCCUGAAGUGAAAGUGGUUUCCAACUUGCCUUCUAUAACUAUGGAGGAAGUGGCUCCAGUCAACGCCAGUGACGCCACACUUCUGGCUCCAGAGGAGAUUAAGGAGAAGAAUAAGGCAGGAGACAUACUCGGAGACACGGAGAAAACCACUACAGAUAAGAAACGAGAGAGACGCAAGAAGAAGAAACUGAAGCGUCUGAAGAUUCAAGAGCGGGAGAAGAGACAGAAAGUCAAAGAGGUGAUGAAAGGAGGAGGAGGAGACAAGACGAAGAAGAGUAAAGCGGAGGUUGAACAGACUCUCAAGAAACUUACUAAAGGAGGAAAAGCCAAAAUACUCACGAAUGAUGGCAUGGAUAAGGCCCUGCGUUCCUCUCAAGCCUUCUUCUCCCAGUUACAAGACCGAGUCAAGAGCCAAAUCAAGGGCUCAAAGGACCAGUCAGCAAAGAAGAAGAAGAAACAAAAAGAGAUUUCUGUUAGCAAGCUCAAGUUGUAAUGUUGACUUGUGUCAAAAGCAAUAUGUACAGUUGUUAGUCUUAAGAAAUCUAAUUGUUGCAUUCUGUCAUUGUUUAUUAAAAUACAGAUGGCUUUUUCCUGUAGA